CCUGUUACCUGUCAUAUAAAUAAAAUUUUCCUUUUUGUUUCUUUCAUUUGACAUUUCAAAUUAUUGACAGAACGGACGCAUAUUGCUUGUCAUAAAAGUAAAAGUUGGCGGGUAGUUGAUUUUUCUUUACUGUUUGAAAUAUUAGCAUUAUUACUGCUGUAAUUAUUAUAAACAGCAAAAUUCUUUACAAAAACGUGGUAAUAACUAAAAUUAAACAUGAUCGAUCUGUUUAUGCCCUUUCGGGCAUUUUUGAAGUUUGAAAAUGUGUGUACGGAUAACAAUGUUUUUCGUAUGCACUAUAAAGUGACUGUGAUUAUGUUACUUGUGUUCACGUUGUUGGUGACUUCGAAGCAGUUCUUCGGAGAGCCGAUUCACUGUAUGAGCGAUAGCGAGAAGGACAGUGAUAAAGACGCCAUCAACAGCUACUGCUGGAUCUACGGCACCUACACUCUGAGAAGCCGAUUUGUCGGUGUGGAAGGCAAGCACAUGGCCUACCCAGGUGUGGGCCCCAACAAGUCUGAGAAUGAUGAGCAAAUCAAGCACACUUACUACCAGUGGGUGUGCUUUGUGCUGCUCGGCCAGUCUGUCAUGUUCUACACUCCAAGGUACCUGUGGAAGAUCUGGGAAGGAGGGAGACUCAAGGCUCUGGCUUCUGAUCUGAGUAGCCCUGUGGUAACCAAGGACUGGUCAGAGUUCCGGCGUGGAGAGCUGGUCUCCUACUUGAGCUAUACCAACAUACAUACGCACAACAUGUAUGCCCUGCGAUAUGCCUUCUGUGAGAUACUCAACCUUAUCAAUGUGGUUGGCCAAAUAUUCCUGCUGGACAUAUUCCUAGGUGGAGCAUUCCGUAAUUACGGCGCAGCUGUGGCGGCGUUCACGCACACGCCGCGUGUUCCGGCCAACAUGAUCGACUUUGCAUCUGUCAACCCCAUGGAUCAAUUUUUCCCCAAACUUACUAAAUGUUGGCUCCGUAGUUAUGGUCCUUCAGGCACCUUGCAGAUUAAAGAUCGCCUCUGUGUUCUCCCUCUGAACAUAGUAAAUGAGAAGAUCUUCGUGAUUCUCUGGUUCUGGCUUAUAAUUUUGGCUUUUGUUUCCACUUUAUCGGUUCUGUUUCGUGUUCUUGUGCUUUCUCUUCGCCCUCUCCGCUCACUAAUGAUUGCCGGUCAACUGAGAUAUGUGAAGAAGAGUACGGUAUCGCGUAUUGUGAAGAGAUUUGGUUAUGGCGACUGGUUCAUACUGUACUUGUUGGGCAAAAACAUGAACCCUAUCAUUUACAAGGAUUUGAUCAUAGAACUUUCCAAAGAAUUAGAACAUAAGACUGUUAUGGUCUAAGGCCAACCUUUAGUAUUAUAACAUGAAUACUUGUGAACUGUGUCUAAAAAAUAUUCACGUUUUAAUGACCUGGGCACUACUAAACUCAGACGUAAAGGUUUCCUUCCAGUCUGCGUGGCAAACUGCCAUUUGGCUGUUUCCAAAAUUCAAUUCAAUUUAACUUCACUGUUAUAUAUAUAAUGUGAUUUAAUACAUUGGUAGUUCACUUGUAUCUAUCUUCAUUUCCAAAACUGUUCAUAGUAUUGUAUAAGUAUACAACUAAGAAAAAGUGCCUUCAUUGAUAUUACAUAUCAAAAUGAAUAUCUAAUUAUUAUUUUCAUUUAAUAUUCUUGUUAAUUUGUGAUUAAUUAAAACAUUUAUAAAUAUUUCUUGCACAAAGAAGUUGAUUUAUGUGAUUAUAUAAUUUUUAUUUUGUUUCUAAAGUGUAAGAGGAGAAAAAUUUAAGUUUGAUUGUUUUUGCAUAAUUUUUGUUUGUUCAUGACACUAGACAAAAUUGUUAAGUUUGUAGUAAUUAUAUACUUAUAAUAUUGUAAUUACAGGGUAUUGUUCUGUAGGGGUCACUAAUGGAAAUACUCUAUAAGUUGUUAUUAUUUAACCCUUUAACCGCCAAGAUUCUGAACUUUCAACUUACCUCCAGCGCCACGUCAC